UAAUGUUUUUUGGGUUUGAUCAACCGCAAUAACAGAUAAAAUUCAGUCUCUGUGUCACCCUUUAGAAAAUGUCAAUCGAGCCGUGCUAUUUAGUGCCAAUUUGAGGACAAAUGGAGGCCAGAAUAAACUGAAGUAUCUCGAGCAACAGGAAGCAUGGAUAAUAAUGAAGUCUAAGCAAAAAUUUGGGUUUGAGAGAGAGAGAAUAUGAUGAUGAGAAUGCCUUUUGCAAUGCAAAACUGUUUUUAGAGAGCCUUUUUGAACUUGUUUAGAGCAGUGGUUCUCAAAGUGGGUUCCGCGGAACCGUUGGGUUCCAUGAAGCAAGGUCAGGGGUUCCGUAAAGCUACAUUGAAAAGCAACAUUUAAUCAUAACAUAAGAAAUUGGUACAUAUCAUAUCUUAUAACAUCAAUGAAUUCACACUGACAGCAAUUGACAGACUAGAUUAUUCAGAGUUGGCAACACUGGUAAUCGUUGGCUUUGUUGGUUAGCUACACACGUGCAGGAAGGUUGUACUGCUCUACCAUAAGCAUUUCUUCUACUCAACGAAUUAUUUUUACUAUUUUUAAAGCCUUACAAUGGAUCAAAAGUUCAAAAGGAUUAGUAAAGCAACAACAUCCAAAGAAGAUACAGAAAAAUGUGAACUUGCAAAGGAACGAUCUGCAACUACUAGUUCAAAAAACACUGAAUAUGUUCCCUCUUGUUCUGAACGGCAGCCAGGCAAAAAUAAACGCAAGUAUGAUCCUCAGUAUUUGUCAUAUGGCUUUACUAGUACUGGUGAUGAAGAAACCCCAGACGCCAUUUGUAUCAUUUGUCACAGAAGAUUAGCUAACAGUUCGUUGGCACCAGCAAAGUUGUAAAGACACAUGGAGACCAGGCAUAGUGUCUAUAAAAAUAAGGAUAAAUCUUUUUAUGAAAGGAAACUUGAAAGUUUCAAUAAAACUACAAAUUUUAAGAAAUGCAGAACAGACAAUAAAAAUGCAACUGAAGCGUCAUAUAAAGCAUCUUACCAUAUUUCUCUUCAUGGCGAAGCACACACUAUCGGUGAAUCAUUGAUAAAACCUAUAUUGAAAGAUAUAGUUUCAUGUGUAUUUGAUGAAAAGUCUGCUCAAAAGGUUGAAUCUAUAUCUCUAUCUAAUGAUACAGUGUCGAGGCGUAUUGCUGAUAUUUCUGAUGACAUUGAAACCGAACUUAUUUCACGACUGCAUGCAUGUGAUGCUUACGCGUUGCAAAUGGAUGAGUCUACAGAUGUGGCUGGACUGGCAAUUCUACUUGUGUUUGUUAGAUAUGACUUCAAUAAAAGAAUUGAGGACAAUUUUCUUUUCUGUAAAAGUUUAGAGCUUCAUACCACAGGAAAAGAUAUAUUUGAUUGUGUUGAUAAUUAUAUAACAAAUCAUGGUAUUGGUUGGGAUAAAUGCAUUUCAGUGUGCACUGAUGGAGCGAAGGCUAUGAUGGGAAAAUUAUCUGGUGCUGUAACUAGAAUAAAAAAUGCUGCAAAAAACUGCAGCAGUAAUCACUGCAUUCUUCACAGAUACGCAUUAGUGACAAAAAGAAUUUCUGCUUCAUUAAAGGUAGUUUUGGACGAAGCCGUACAAAUUAUCAAUUUUAUUAAGACUCGGCCAUUACAAUCAAGAGUAUUUAAAGCUUUAUGUGAAGAUAUGGGUAGCCAUCAAACGACUCUUCUUUUACAUACAGAAGUAAGAUGGCUUUCAAGAGGAAAUGUGCUGGUGAGAAUGGUUGAAUUGAUAAAAGAAUUGCAGUUUUACUUUCUUGAACAUAAAUUUAAUUUGUCUGACAGAUUAAAAAAUAAUGUAUGGCGAGCAAAACUUACAUAUUUAGCAGAUGUUUUUUCAAAGUUGAAUGAAACAUGCCUAUCUCUACAAAGAAAGGAAACAAACAUUUUUCGAACUCAAGAUAAUAUGAUAUCUUUAUCUCGUAAAUUACAGUACUGGAUUUCAGAAGUAGAACAUGAUAAUUUUGACUGUUUUCCACUUCUUACUAAAUUUCUACAAGAGUCUGAAAUGGAAUUGGACACAGAGACACUCGAUGAAAUUAAAGAUCAUCUCAACAGCUUAUCCUCAUCUCUUACCGAGUAUUUUCCUAACUUGGAGUACAAAGAAUAUUAUUGGGUACAAAAUCCAUUCACAGUAACAAAAAAACCAACAGGAUUUCUGUCAGUGGAUUAUGAGAAAUUAAUAGAAAUUACAUCCGAUACUCAGUUAAAGGCUAAAUUUGAAGAAGUGCCGUUAGAUGUAUUCUGGUGGAAUCUAGUUAAAAAAUAUCCUGAAAUAUCCAAACAGGCCAUAAAAAUACUUUUGCCCUUUACGACAACAUAUUGGUGUGAAUCAGGAUUUUCAAGAUAUGCUAGUACGAAAACUAAGUAUCGAAGCAGACUGGAUGCCGCCAUAGAUAUGAGAAUCCAGUUAUCAAGUAUAAAACCAAAUUUCCAGAGGAUACUUAUGUUUAAAAUACAGAUGCAUUCAUCUCACUAAAAUUUGAUAUUCCAAUUUAUGG